AUGUCUACUCCUUCUGUUACUGACUUACAACUCACUAAAAGUACUAAAAGUAGUAAUAAAACUGCUAGAACCCGACGGGCAAAAUCAAACAAUGACAAUUCGAAUAAAGUUUCAAAUAAAUUAAAUAAAGUUUCGAAUACCGAAAAAGAGGCCAAUAAUCCGCACGGGCAUUCUUUGACCUCUCGCUGGCUUGAUAGACAACAAUGCGACGAAAUGGGAAUUAAGUAUAAGAAAGGAAAAUUCACGGCCGAAGAAGAUCGAAAAGUAAAACAAGCAUUAAAUGAUUACAAAACCCUACACAAUCUUGACGAUGAUGGGAUUCGUGAUCUUAUUUAUGGUCGGAAUAAUACGGAACACAAAAAAUUUUGGACUUCAAUUGCGACGCAAAUUGGUACACGACCGAUCAGGACUUUAGCAUUACACGUCCAAAGAAAGUAUCACCCUUUUAACUAUACUGGUACAUGGAGUCCUGAAGAAGAUGAAGAAUUAAACAGAUUGGUAUCAAUAUAUCACCACGAUUGGACUACGAUUGGAUAUCAAAUGGAUCGCACUGGUCAACAAUGCAGAGAUCGCUGGAGAGAUUACGUUGAAUAUCAGAAUGAGAAGCAACUGGGUAAAUGGUCAAAUGAAGAAGAAGAAAAGUUAACAAACAUAAUCGUUGACCUUACAAAAGAAAAUAAUGCCGAUAUCACUACGGAUUGGGGGAUUCCGAGAUAUUCCUUAAGGUUAAAAUAUGAAUUAAAAAAUGGGAUAAUCGCGAAAUGGAGUGAUAGUGAUAGUUACACUCUUGUCAAUAAGCUUUUAAAAUGCGGGGCACUUGAAGAACUUGAAGUGAAUUGGGAAGAAUUAAUCAGUAACGAAAACUGGGGUCCUUGGACACCAGAAGUAUUGAAAGAUUGUUGGCGACGAUUAAAGUAUACCGUCAAAGAUUUUUCGGCUAAAUCAUUCCGAGAUGUCGCGGUCGAAAUUUUAGAUCGAUAUAACGAAACGACAAAAACUUACAAGGCAACCUUUAGUAACCCUAGAAUCACAUAUCCAAGUCCAAGUCCAAGUCCACCUGUAUCAUCUUCAUCAUUUAAAGGUAAAUCCUCAAAAUUAAAGAAUUCCACCUUGUCGAAAGAAUCCAAUGCAAGUGAUUUGGACCAAGAAUCAGAUAAGGAAUCAACAAAUCAAACGAUUGAAUGUCCUUACUGCUUUGAACCCUUGCCAAACCCGUUACCGCUAAAACUUAAAGAAAAGCUUGCCCAAAUAGAUAAAUCAAAAGGAAAGAAGAGAAAAAGUUUCUUCGACGAUGAUGAAUUUUGUAAAUUACACGAAGCUGAACUGAAAAUCAUAUCACAAGGGAUAUCAAAAGGGUAUCCUCGAAUAAUUGAUUAUGAUCAAUUACCAGCACGAAUUAAAAAAUUAAAGAAAAAAUUAAAGAAAAUAAUUUUGGGCAAAGUAAAAAGUAAGUAUCGUAAACAAGCAUUGGAGACAUACCGAAAAAUUGGUAGACGAGCAAAAUUACCAAUGAGCGUGAUGAGCAGGUUCGAAACAUUAAGGCCUGGUUAUUUCGGACCAAAGGGUGCCGAAAUAAUUAUGGAAACAUUGAUGAACAUGUUCACAAAGAAAAAGAAUAUACUUACAGCAGAACUGGCGAAACCACAAAGUAUUGUGGAAUAUUUACAAGAAGUUCUGGUCCCGGAAACUUGCAUCAGAUUAAUCCGAGAAGAUUAUAAUAAUAAAGGUGAAUCAUCACAUAAGGAUGAUAAAAAUAAAAAAAGAAAAUGGUCUGCCGACGAAAGCGAGAAAAAUAUUAAAAAGAAAAAAAGAAAAGCCGAAGGAGGUGGCAGUGGUAAAAUAUCGCGGAAAGAAGCGAAAAUCAUAAUGAAAGAAAGUGCGGAGUAUGGCGAAUGUCUGAAUGGCGAAUAA